AACAAACAUGGCGGCCUCCGGUGAGAACAGCGGCGCGUCUGUAAGAAGAAGACGUGUCCAUGGUGGUUCAACAGAGGCAAAGUCUACAGGCAACAACAAAAAACAUGCCGCAGACACAGACGAGAACGCCGACGAGGAAAAGAAGCUCCAGUCGUUACAAACGGGGAGUUUCUGGCUUACCCGCAUUGUGCUGCUGCGCUCCAUAGCCUUUAUUUACUUUGUGGCGUUCAGUGUCGCAUACAACCAGAAUAAACAGCUGAUAGGCGAAAAUGGCCUGAUGCCCUGCAAGAGCUACCUCAAUAACGUCAAGCGCUAUGUGGGGGGAAAGAUAGGCAUGGCUGCCCUGGCGUACACCCCCUCAAUCCUCUGGUUCUUGGACUGGAAUAACAUGGACGCCAACCUAGAUGGCAUUGCCCUGUUGGGGAUGGCGCUGUCCGUGUUUGUUCUGGUGACGGGAAUGGCCAAUAUGGUGAUCAUGGUGUCAUUGUGGGUGCUAUACCACUCCCUGGUUAAUGUGGGACAACUGUGGUACUCCUUUGGCUGGGAGAGUCAGCUGUUAGAAACUGGGUUUUUGGCCAUUUUUCUAUGUCCAGUGUGGACUCUGUCUCAAGUACCCUGCCACUGUCCCCCCUCCCUCAUCUGCAUCUGGACCUUCAGGUGGCUCAUUGUUCGUAUCAUGCUUGGAGCUGGCUUAAUUAAAAUCAGAGGGGACAAAUGUUGGAGGGACCUCACUUGCAUGGAUUACCACUAUGAGACACAGCCAGUUCCUAACCCCAUGUCGUACUACAUGCAUCGCUCCCCUUGGUGGUUCCAUCGCUUUGAGACAUUGUCCAACCACUUCAUUGAGCUCAUCGUCCCGUUCUUCACCUUCCUGGGCAGGCGGAUGUGUAUCACCAAUGGUCUGAUCCAGAUUGUGUUUCAGAUGACUCUUAUUGUGAGUGGGAACCUCAGUUUCCUUAACUGGUUGACCAUUGUUCCAAGUCUGGCCUGUUUUGACGACGCAUCAUUGGGCUUCUUGUUUGGCUCCAGAGGCGGUGCUAAGGAAACUGUACUGGAAAUUCAGAAUGAGGACAAAAGUGGACAAACCCCCAAACCCACCAAAGGGAUGCGGAUUCGUCAGGUGGUCAAUGUGUCUUUAGGCAUUCUGAUUGGUUGCCUGAGUGUUCCGGUGCUGAUGAAUUUGCUGAGUCCCAGACAGGUGAUGAACACAUCUUUUGACCCACUGCGCAUCGUCAAUACCUACGGGGCCUUUGGCAGCAUCACCAAGGAGCGGACGGAGGUGAUUUUCCAAGGCACCUUGAGUAAGGAUCCCAAAGACCCUGAGGCGGUUUGGGAGGAAUACCAGUUCUUGUGUAAGCCAGGAGACGUGUACCGUCGGCCGUGCCUCAUUUCCCCAUAUCACUACCGCUUGGACUGGCUCAUGUGGUUCGCUGCCUUCCAGACCUAUGAGCAGAGUGAGUGGGUCAUUCACAUAGCAGGACGCCUGCUAGCAAACGAUAGCACGGUCCUUUCCCUGCUGGACCACAACCCCUUCAAGGACAAAGGUGUUCCCAGAUGGGUUCGAGGGGAACAUUUCAAAUACAAGUUCAGCCAACCAAGCAGUGCGCGCGCAGCUGAGGGUAAGUGGUGGCUGAGAAAACGCAUCGGUGCCUACUUCCCUCCUGUGGACUUGGAGGGACUCAGGGGCUACUUCCAGUCCAGGAACUGGCCCCACCCACAUAUACCGACACAGAGGACCUGAGCUCAUAUCUAACAUAAACCAACAAACGAGGCUGAAAGACACGUUUACCAGUACAUUGACUAAUAUGGGGGCCAACAGUAGACAUGUGAUCAACAUCUUGUGCCGUGUUUUCUUUCAGAGUGAAACAAGCAAAUGUGCUGAUUUGCUGUUGCAUGUUUCUUCAUGCACCACAUAUGACCAAGUGGAUUUACUGUAAUUGAAACAUUACUGUGUUGAACUACCAUAUCUGUUGCUUGUAAUGGGAAUAAACCGACUGCUGGUUUUAAUACAAUUACAUGUUCUGAGUUUGCAAACAUUGGAAUAGGUGGAUAACUUACCGUAUAUCAAUUUACCAGCAUUUAGAAGGAAGUCCUGCUGGUGCACUUACUUUGCAUUGAACAAAUAGCACUUUCAAAGAAACGACACGCAGACUCACCCCACAACCCUCUGGGAAAAUGUAUUAACUUUAACGUGACCACUUACGUGCAGAUGUUUUACCAGACCAGCUUAUCCUUAAUAGAAGUUCUUACAUAAUCAUAUUUUGUUUUAUUGAAAUGAUUUUUUCCACACUUAAUGUGUUUGUGCUUUGUAAAUAAAUUACAAUUGGGUUGUGUUAUUAUCAGAUCAUUCACUUAGUGUCUCAUACUGCUAUAAUUGCAUUAUGUAUGGAUGCAGAGUGCUGGAAAAAUGGUAAGCAAGUAAUUGUAAUAACCAAAAAAGACCAAUAGAUGGGGCUAAAGAUUAGGAAGCAUUAUUCGGCAGCCUUUCCAGGGAUUUGUCGUUUUGCUCCCGAUUUAUCUUUAUGAUUAACACAUUACAUAACACUGUAGACGUGUCUUUUAUAACUUCACAUUUUUAAUGCCUAAAAUA